CGGACGCGUGUCAAAACUUUUGCCGGGCUGUCGGGCUUCGCAGUUGCCGUUGCUGCUGACGUCGCAGCCGGCGUUGACGCUGCUUGAAAUGCCGGCUCGUCGGCUGUGCUUGAUCGGCUGAUGGCGCCGUCGUUUGGUUGAGUUUUUUAGUUUUAGUUCUGUUUCUGCCAGCGACGAGUGACACAGAGAAUGCGAGAAUAAUCCCUACGACGACGACAAAAGACGACAAAAUACGACAAUAAACGAGCAAAUGAAUAAAUAAGAAUCAAGAAAGAAACAAAAGCAAUUUUCACACGAAUAAGCAGCAAUUUUUAGAUUUAGCUGAUUGAAAGCGGCAAACGCGGCGUAUGCGUAAUAAGCAGACACACUGCAGGCACAACAAAUUAAACACACACAACCACACACAGCUCUCAUACAUAUAUAGUGCAUAUAUAUACCAAGAAAGACUUUUGAGUGUGGCUUAGACGCGACGUAGACGAUGCCAAACAAUAAUCGUAAUCGCAAUCGUAAUCGUAAUCGUAAUAAGCGCAAUAAAAAUCAGAAUCAAAAUCAAAAUCAAAAUCAAAAUCAAAAUAAACAGCAAGCGGCAACAGAAGGCAACGAAACAGAGGAGCAGCAGGAGAAGGCAGCAGCAGAAGCAGCAACAACUUCAUCAGCAUCAUUAGCAGCAGCUGAGGAUCUUCAGCAUGAUCAUAAUGCAAAUUCUGGCAGCAUUUCAAAUGGGUCACCUACAGCGAGCGACAGCGUCACAGCUGCUGAUGAGGCAACAACUGGCAUAGCCAGCAAUGAGAUCAGCCAGCAAAAGCUAAAAGAAGAUCAGCCAGAAAAUCUGAUUGAAGUGAAACAUCAGCUGGAAGAUCGGACAGAAGUGAAGCCUGAAGAGCAGCUGAUUGAAGUGAAAGAUCAGCUGAAAGAUUCUUCUAUAGAGCAGAGAGAAGAGCCUGAAAAGCAGGCCAAAGAGCAGCUGAUUGAAGUGAAUGAUCAGCCAACAGAGGAUCAGUCUGAAGAUCAAUCGAAGGAACUGCUCAAAGAGCAGCUUGCUGUAGUGAAAGAUCAGCUGAAGAAGGAAAAGCUUGUCGAUCACUCUGAAGAACAGUCCAUAGAACACCUUGCUGAAGUGAAAGAUCAGCUUAAAGAGGAAAAACUUGCCGAUCAGGUGGAAGAUCAAUCUAACAAACAGUGCACAGAUCAGGCGCUUGAAGUGAAAGAUCAGUUGGAAGAUUCACUUAAACAGCAGACAGCUGAUCAGCUUGAAGAUUCGCAAGAAGAACAGCCUGUGCAGCCGCUUGAAGUGAAAGUGCAGAUAAAGCAGCAGUUCCAGAAUACUACUGAAGAUCAAUUCCAUAAGCAGCUGAUCGCAGAAUCAAAGACUCAGAAAGCAACAAUUGUUGAAAAAGCUGUGGAAGAGCAGCAGAUCAAGCAAGACUUCGUUGAGGAACUGAAGAGGCAGGAAAUUGUCGAUCAGUCAAAGAAACUGCUGCAAAAUCAUUUUAAAGAUCAAGAGAAGUUUCACGAUCAGCCAGUUGAUCAAUCUAAGCAGACUGAGGAUCAGCUAAAGCAACAGCCAGUCGUUCACAUAGUGCCUGUGUUGAUUGAAAAGGAAGCGAGCUAUACGACAGCAGCACAGCAGCAAUCAGCUGUUGCUAGAGCAGCAAUGGGCGCCAAAAAUUCCAAGCAGCAGCGAGAGCAACAGCAGCCAGCGGAGGCGCAGCAGCAGCAACAGCCAGUAAAAGCACCAGGCAGUCCACGACAGGCCAAGGUCAUAGUGCAUCGCAUAGUGCGCGAAGGCAAUGAAGCAGCGGAUGCACAGCAGCAACAGCUGCAACAGCAACAGCAACAGCAACAGCAACAGCAACAGCAAACGCAACAGCAGCAAUCGAAGCAAGCAGAGCAACAGUUGCCAGCUGCUGUGCAGGAGCUCUUGGCCAAUUGUCAGCUGCAACAGCCGCUGGUGCAGCAGCAACAGUCGCUGCCACCGCAGCAACAUGCGCCAAAUCAGCCGCUGCAGCGCAGCACCAAAGUGAUUAUACAUCAGAUACGCAUCGAGACAGACGAGCAGGAACGCGCUCGCCAAGGUAAGCCAACAAUUGAGGAGAUCAGCAGCACCACAGCAACAGCACACAGCAGCAACACGCACAACAGCAACAACAACAGCAGCAGCAAUAAUAGCGGCACUUUGUCGCCGCCGCCGCGUUACCUCGUCGAAUCGCCCUCACCAAAAGCCGUGCAACAGUUCAGUAAAUUCUCGCGCGAUGUGCAAAUUCAGGAGCUGGAACAGAGCAGCGAUUGCAGCUCCGGGGAGUUCAAUGGACCGCCGCAGUCGCCGCUGGUCUUUGAGGCCGACUCCGAGACGGAGGCCACAACGCCCACGGCUCUGUUAGCGUUCUCUUCCGACUUACCGUCCAGCAGUCGCGCCGAGCAACAGGAGCAGCUGCGGCAGAAGCGCGCCCAGAAGCGCAACGCACUCGAAUCGCACUUUUUGCCGCAGCUGCUCAGUCCGCGCUAUUUGGACAGCAUUCUGGAGGAGAACAGCGAAACAGCUGCAGCGCAGAGUGACCUGAGCCGCAGUGCCUCCGCCACGGAUCAGUCCAAGUCGCGUUCAGCUGUGCCCGUCAAGCUCAACGAAACGUUUCCGCGCAGCCAGCUCGACUUCAGUCGUCGGCACAGGCGACGCGAGGAGCCGAUUGCUCUCAUGCUGGAAACGAAGCUGAUCGAGCAGAGCGACGACCUGGAGAGCUGCACUCGCCUGCAGAGCACAUUGUCGCCGCAGUCCGAAGACGCCGAAUUGGUUUAUCUCAGCUCUUCGGGCUCCAGCAGCGUCUCGGAUCUAUUGGAACUCGAACUGGAGGAGGCAGCUGCUCUGGCAGAGCGCGCUCUCAUCGAUCUGGACACCGAUGCCAGCAAGCUGUUCAAUCGCCCUGACGAUGAGCUGAGCAGCAACACAACCAUGGAGCCCAUCAGCUCAUCCAACGAAACGGAAACCGAGGGCGAGUGUGAGGUCGAAACGGAAGUGGACACGGAAACGGAGGCAACCACAGCGGCCGAGCAGUCGUCGAGUCGUGAGAGCACACCUGUUAACGCUCAAUCCCCAAUGCCAGAGCACAGCGCUGCCGCAGCGACGCCAACGCCAGCACCAGCGCCAGCAGCGACGCCCACGCACGGUGUGGCCAACGAAAACGAGGCGAGCAAAUUGGCCAACAGUUCAACUGCAACCGCUUCGCUGGCGGCAACGCGCGAGGCAUUCGCACGCAAUAUGGACAAAGUGCGCGAAUUGAUCGAAAUGACGCGACGCGAACAGAACGGAAACGGAAAUGAAAACGUAAACGUAAACGGAAACGGAAACGUAAACGCAGACGGUAACGUUAACGUAAACGAAGUCGAAAGCGCGAAUGCGUCGCGUUUUGUUGCUGCUGCUGCUACGCCACAACAGCAGCAGCAGCAGCAGCAGCAACAGCAGCGCUGUAGGUUAUCACCCACGCCGCCGCCUGUGCCACCACCGCCCAGCUGCAUGCACUAUCCCACAACCCCACAAGAACCACAAAACAGUGAAUCGCAUGCCACUCUAAAUCCUUUGUUGCUCACACGCCAAGAAUCUAACGAUUCGCAUUGCUCGGACAGCACACAGCACAGCCAAUGCACCGCCAUAAACAUGGCCUCACCGCCACCCACGCCACUUGCCCCCCAACAGCCACCCACACCGCCCUUGCGUCAGCAGCCAAAACUUUCUGCCAUUUCCACAAUUUCAGCUGAGGAAGCGGAUGCGGAACGCAUCAAGAAACUGCGUCUGCUAUGCACCGAAACCUUGGCCUCCAUGCCCUAUGGCGAGCAGAUGCUUGAAGAGCUCGCAAGCGUAGCACAAGAUAUACAACAACAGCAGCAGCAGCAGCAGCAGCAGCAGCCGCCACAGCAACAGCAGCAACAACAGAAUAUGCCUUAUCCUCUGCCGCAGCUGCCACACAUAAGCGAGCUGCAGCUGUCGCUAGAUCAGGUCAAGGCCGAGAAGGAUGCCUGGCUGGGUCUGCCGACACAAGCGGAUCCCCAGCUGCUCGUCUGCCUGUCGCCCGCUCAGCGCGCGCUGGCACAGCAGCAACAGUUGCAGCCAGCGGCCGAUCAGCUGCUGGAUGCACACGAGAAGUUCGUGCAGAGACGCGGCUAUCAUGAGCUAAGCAGCGAACAGGUGCGCGCCAUGGACCAGGCGCAACUGAAGACGGAGCAGGAGCAGAUACUCAAGACGGCGGCCAAAAUGCGCGAGUUGCGCAAGAGUCUGACGCCCACGCCGACGGCAACAUCGCCAACGCCGCAGCUGCCGCCGCCGCCGGUGCCUGUGAAGAGCGCUGAGACAGCGGCCAAGGCAAAGAGCCAACAGCAGCAGCAGCUAGAUGACGCAAGCCAGCCAAUGAGAAACACAGCAGCAACAGCUACAGCAACAGCAACAGCAGCAGCAGCAACAACAUUGCCAGCGACAUCAUCAUAUGAAAAUAAACCAAGAGCCGCAGCUGAUCAGUCGUUGCCUUACGCAUUUGACCAGCACGCAGGCAGUCGCAGCGAGCAAACGAGCAAGCACAGCAGCAGCAGCAGCAGUCACAGUCACAGUCACAGUCACAGCAGCAACAGCAACUACAUGAGCCACAGCAGCAACACCAACGGCGGCAGCAAGUUUCCAGCCAGCAUGGAAAGCGAAUUGGCACGCCUGUUCCCGAGCAUCGCCCAGCAGGGCGACAUCUUCGAUGAGCAGCGCAAGCGCUUCUCCAACAUUGAGCAGAGCAGCCAGCAACAGUUGCAGCCGGUGCAGAGCAAGCGCUACUCGAACAUUGAGACGAGCUCGUACGAGUCCAAGAAGCGCGUGGAGAACGGCAAAGUUGUCUACGACUACAGCAACAGCAAGCGCGAGCAGCAGCAAGAGGGCGAGCCGCCAGCGGCAAAUGCUAAAUUUCCAUUGAGCCAGCAGGCGGAGGCUGCAGCUGCAACAGCAGCAACAGCAGCAGCAGCAGAUGAGGUGGACUGUGCGCCGCCGCCUGUGCCACCGCCGCCGGCAGCAGCUAAUAUUAUGUCAGCAACGAAAUUAAAUGGCUUGUCAAACACUUUCAAUGAUGACGCACAGCAACAGCAGCAGCAGCAGCACAGAGAGAGCAGGCAGACAACAACAACAACGACAGCAACAUCUACAGCUGGCAGCAACACCAAGGUGAACAAUGGCAGCGGCACUUAUGAGGAAUUUCGGCAACGUGCCAAAGCAGCACUCGAAGCAAUUGCUCAGCCCAGCGUUGGGCAACCUUCGCCGGAUAAUGAAAAGCUCUUCAAGGACUUUGAUGCCUUGUCGCAGCAGCUCAAUGCCGAGCUGCAAACGGGUCGCGAGCAGCGACAGCAGCGCGACAAAUCUGCCUCGCUCUACGAUCUCAGUCGCCUCACCAACAACAGCAACAGCAACGGCAGCAACAGUUGCCAGCAGGAGCAGCUGAAGCGGGAGCGACAUGCGCACAUGCAGGAGCUGGAGCGCGAGAUCGAACGCUCGGCCAGGUCGCGGCAGGAGCGUUUGUCCUCAGUGCCGCGCACCCUGGAAAUACCCAUCGAACUAGCGCCGGACUACAGAAAUCGACGCUCCGAAUCGUUGUGCAAUCUGAAUGAAAAUGUGCCGCGUCCGCACAGCUCCGCGGAGCAUUAUCGGCUGCAGCAGGACGAUUGGGGGCGCUAUGCCAACGACUUGGGCUACUCGGAGAAUAUCGCGCGUCCGUUUGCGCGUGAGGUCGAGAUCUGCUAUCAGCGCCAGGGCCAGGGCCAGGCGCCAGCCCAGCGACAGCCGCACUCAAUACGCGCGCCGCGUCUCUCGGCCAGCACAAAUGAUUUGUCCAGCAGCAGCUACGAUAGCUUCAAUGCCUAUGGCGGGGCGCGGCGACAUGCGCCGAUGCUGCAGCAGGCGCCGCAGCAGCAGCGGCCGCAUUACGCCAGCUGCUACUCGAUGAUCGAACGUAAUCCCAAUCCCACGUACAUCAGCACCACCUCGCGGCGCGGCGUCUCGCCGGCGCCGCUGACUCCGCAGAGCGGCCAGCCGCCGGCCUAUGACAGGCAGCAGAGACGCGCCUCGCUGCCGCGCGAGCUGCACGAGCAGCAGCUGAAGUACAUACUGAGCAAGGAGGAGGAGCUGAAGCUGGAGUUUGAGCGUCUGCAGCAGGAGCGUCGUCGGCUCAUGGAUGAGAUGGAGCGCGCGCCGACUGUGCUGCAGGCGCCGCCGCCACGGCGCGAAAGCUAUCGGCCGGCGCCCAAGCUGCCCACGCUCAGCGAGGACGAGGUGUUCCGCCAGCAAAUGGCCGAGGAGUGGAUGCACAAGGUGGCUGAGCGCGAGGAGCGUCGCCAGCAUAAGAUCAUCAAGAUCUCCAAGAUCGAGGAUGAGCAACAGCAUGCCACCGAGGAGCAGGCGAACAUUAGCGAUGAGUUUCUCAAUCGGGUCAAGGAACGCCGCCACAAGCUGUCCAUGCCCGCUGACAGUGAUUGGGAGAGCGGCGCCGAGUCGCAGCCGGCACAGGGCAAGCCUGGCACGGCAACAGCGGGCAGCGAGUCGGAUGUUGAGGCGCCGCCAGUGCGCGUGCUGGAGGGCCAAGCGGAGGCGAAUCUGCGCGAGCUGCCGCGACAUUUGCGUGAGUUUGCCAAGUUCAGCAGCUGCGAGCAGCUGGAGGGCAAUGUUCAGGGUCAAGUGGAGCGGCAUGAGGAGCAGGAGCGCAGCGAGAGCGCCACGGACAAUUCGCAUUGCAGCGCCACCAAGAAGUCGAGCAUUGUGAAGACGUACAAGGUGUCCAGGCUGCCGCCAUCUGUCCAGGCCAAAGCAAUUAAAACGAGGCAGCAGCAGCAGCAGCCGACGACAGCGACGCCAACUUCGAUGCCGAUGCCAACGCCGAUGCCAGCGAUGGCAGCGAAGCCACAACUACGCCCACAGAAACAGAAACAGACGCGUUUUCUGCUCUCGCCGCAGCAGCUGCUGCAGCAGCAGCGGAAGCGACGCAGCUGGUCCGAGAGCGAUCUGCUCAAGGAGAUCGACAACGAGCUGCAGCUAGCCAAGGGCUUUCUCUAUGCCAACGGCGUCUGGACACCCAAGAGUCAAACACCGUACGGCUCUAGCAACGAGCUAGAUCACAGCUCAUCGGCGGCGCCGACGCCACCGCCGCCUCCCACGCAGCCCGUGUGGACGCCGCAGCCAUCGCCAGCGCUGAGCGGACGCAAGGAGUUUCGUCCGGUGCGUUUCGAAUCGCCCACGCUACCGCGACGCUACACGGCCCAGCAGCAACAGCCACAGCAACAGACAACGACGACGAUACCGCCUUGGUCCUAUACAAACGGCAAUUGCCCGGUGCCUGCGCCACGCAGCAGCACCGCCACCACUAGCACCACCAACCUGAGCACGCCGCCCUCCACGUUCAAUUCGAACAACUCGGACUACGCCGAAACCGAUUAUUCCAAUCAAUUUGGCCCCGUGGCACCCAGUGCCAGCGUCUCCGACAAGAUCAAAACAUUUGAACGCUCGGCUUCUACCUCGGAGCUGUAUAGGCCGUUCGCACGCCGUCAACUGAGCGAUACUAGCCGCCCCGUCUAUAGGCCUAAUGAAGUCAUCUACAAAGUCAAGCACGAGUAUAUGAGCGAACCGGAAACGGAAAGCGAUCGUCCGAGAAAAAUGGCACAGUUAGGUCCACGGCAAUACGAUGGGAUCGGUCCCGUUACCAACGAUGGAAUGCCCAUCAUACUCAGAUCGGAGGUCCAGGAACCGCAUCAGCAUGAAUGGUAUAAGCGACUCUAUCAGACCAUACAUAAGCAGAAGAAUGGCGACGAUUUUGUGAUACGCUACAAGUGUCCCAGAGCGCGUCCUUCGUACAAGAGCAACGGUUAUGUCUCAGAGCCCGAGCCGAACUACGAUUCGGAUUACUCAACAGUAAAAUAUCGUACACCCAAUCCGCUGCGCGUGCAAUCGGUUUCAUCGGCUGUAAAUGUGCGCAAUCUGAACCAGGACGACAAAGUGUAUGGUACUAUGCCCAAUCCCAUAAAAUCGGCACAGAACGCAUACAAGAAUCAGCCCGGUCGCAUCGAGGACUAUACAACUGGCCAUUCGUCCGUUUCGGAGAAGGAGAAGAAGGAGAAUUUGGAGCAAUCGAAGCUAUCGCCGCAUUACACGGAAGGCAAUUUGUCAAGAGCGCUGGCCAAGGAGUCUGGCUACACCAGCGAUUCCAAUCUAGUCUUUCGCAAAAAGGAGCUGCCCGUUAGCAGUCCGCUGAGUCCCGUGGAGCAGCGCCAGGCCUACAAGAGCUUACAGGCCGGUGGCGAGCCGCCUUUGCUGGGCUUCCGUAAGCCAGCGCCCGAGAAACCCAAAGAAAUUGUGGAAGAGUUUGAAUUUAUACAGAUAACGCCUACGCUCACCAAGAUACGCGUGAGCACCAAGCCACUAGAGGAGCCUAAGGAAGAGCCACAACUGCCAGCAUCAGCUCCAACACCACCACCUCCUCCUCCACCACCACCACCGCCACCGCCACCGCCGUCGUCUUCGACCUCCGCUAGCAAAAUGUUUACGCAUUUCUCCAAGAAUCUGCCCUCGUUUAUACCGCUAAGCAAGAAGCAGCCGCAGCCGCAGCCGCAGGAGACGCCGCCUCUGCCGCCGCAUCGUCGCUCUUCCUGCACGAAGAGCACCGUGCGCGUGGAGAAGAUCACAAGCAGCUGCUCCAAGUCGCGUCAUGAUCAAUGCUUUCAGCCACCUGGCGGCAAUGGCAAUGUCAACACUAUUAGCCUGCGCAAGGUCUCGAGCGCACGGCGUGAGCCCAUUUGCCGCUCCAAGUCCGCGGGCGCUGUGUCCACAUUGCUGGCCACGCUGACGGCCACCAAGGAGACGCGCAGCAAGGAUGGCUGCCUGUUGCGCGUGCAGCAGCAGCAGCAGCAGCAGCAUCAUCAUCAUCGCUCGAUCAGUCCCAGUCGUCGUCCGGCGCGGCUGCUGGCGCUGCGUCAUUCGAGCCGCAGUCCCGUCGCCUUUGGACGCAGCAUUUCCAAGGAGCGCAGCUUUGCCGAGGAGAAGAAGCGCUUGGAGAACACGCUGCCAGCCAGCCGCACCAACUUUGAGGCCAGCACGAAUAUAUUGAGGGAUCCCUCGCUCAAGUCGCCGCAGGAGGUGCGCGAGGCGGUGCGUUCGUAUGCGACGUGCAAGGCGCAGCAUGCGCGCAGCAAGUCGUUGCCGCGCUUGCGCCACAGCACCGUCAGCACCACCACGCGGCACACGAUGUGCUUCCCCCAGGUGCGGCCGCAGAAUCUGCUCGACUGUGGUCGCGCCCUCAAGAAGGUGUUGCCCGCGUGCAGCAAGGCGCAGACUCGGACCGUUGCCACGUUGCAUCGCAGCGCCUCGAACGAGAGCUUGCCGCGCAGCAACUCCACCUACUCGAUUGAUUCGGUGGUGCGGCAGGAGUAUGUGCCCAUAGCACCGCCCAAGACCUAUGUGGGUAAGUCGAAGCCAGCCAAAUCGCUGCCAGCGCCGCUGCAAACCAGCCGCAGCGAGGGCCAUGUGCCACGCAAACGUGCCAGCAGCACCACCAAAACCGGCAAAACCACUGCUAAAUCCAAGCCAGCUGUAGCACAGCAAUCCUACAGCGAAACGGUGCGUGAGAAAACCCACUUCUGGAACGAUUACAAUGCAAAGCAGAGCCACAGCCAGAGCCACAGCCAGACCCAAACGCCCCACUCGCUGCCGCAGCUGAUCAAUGGCGGCACCGCUGACUACAAAUACUGUUCGCUGGUGGAGCCCGGCUACGGCGAGGACAUCUAUGACUGUGCCGCCCAGCCGCCCUCCAGUUGCAUCGAGGAUCUCGUGUGGAAGUACGAGAACAAGGCACAGCCGAGCGCUAGCCGAGCUCAGCCAGUGACAGACAUUGCACGGCCGCAGUCGCCUGAGGUGGUGCAGCGGCGCUUUUCGCCCACGCGCGAGGUGCGCGUGCCGCAGACCCAGCAGCGCGAGGUGCGUUCGCCUUCGCGUCGUCGCAUCGACAGUCUGCGCUCGAGCCAGCGGCAGGACAAAGAGCAGCAGCAGGCGGUGGCGCGUGCCAGCAGCCUGAGCAGCGCCGACGAUCGCAGCAAGCGGCAGCAGAGUGGUGCAGACGGCGCCGCCACGGGCGGCCUCUAUCAGUGCGGCGAGCUGGCGCACAGUGCCACCUCGCUGGUGCACCUGGAGCGGCACAGUCCGAGCUGUCGGUAUCGCAACAAUUGCGAGCGCUUCACCGAGCUGAAUCGCUUCUACAGCACCUUGGAGCGCGUGGGGCAGCUGGAGCGCGCCACCUCGGCUAGCAACUUUCAUCCGUUGCGCAAGGAUGCGGAGCUGCUCGACUUCGAUGAGUGGCGCAAGGUGCGUCUGCACGAGCGCGCCGAAAAGGAGCUGCAAUAUCUGAUGGGCAAGCUGCAGUCGGAUCAGCGCGAGCGCGAUUUGCACUUCCGCUCGAAGGACGUCAGCGAAAUCAAAUGGCGGCACGAUGCGGACCAGGCGCUGCAUGCCAAGCAGAAAUCUGUGGAGGAUUUGCGCGAGAAUUUCGAGCAGCUGCAGCUGCUGAAGCAGCAACUGCCGCCGCCGCCCGUGCAGCGUCAAUGGCGGCGCAAUACUGUGGCAGAUCUGGCGAGCAGCCUGGAGCCACAGCCCCCAGCCGAGCGACACUUGAACAAUGAUUUGGUUAGCACGCUCUCCAAGGAUCAGAUCAAGAAGAUCACACAGCAGCUGAAUGAGAUCUACGCGGGCAACAGGAGAGCUGCCGUGGAGGAGCAGUAUGUGGUCACCGUCGAGAAGGACUCGAAGCCCAGCAGCCAGGCGAACAGCCUAAAGGUGCGCUGCAACUCGACCAUUAGCAAGGAGCAGUUGCUGGGUCCAGUGCUGCGCAAGCGCGAGGAGCAGCAGCAGACGCAGACGCUGCCACGUGCCACGCGCAGUCAGUCGCCGGUGGUGGUGGCACGCGAGACGCGCGGCGCCAUAGCCGCCAAGAAUGCGGAGCUAACUUUGAGCAAGCCACCCGAGGUGCCGCCACGCCCCAAGCCCAAAAUCGAGGCAAAGUCCACGAAGGCCAUAGCCAAAGUGGAGCAGGCGCAGGGAGCAGAGGACAGCAAGGAGAAUCCCAUCAAUCAGAAGAUACAAUAUUUCGAGGAACGCCAGUUCGAGGAGCCCAGCAAGACCAUCUACCAUGCGCGCGAGGACAGCUCCCCGGACGAGGCCGAGGUCAUGCGUCUCAUCGAGCAGAACAUGCAGGCGAGGCAGCAGGCCAGGCACGCUCAGCUGGUGCACACGGAGCUGAGCAACUCGCUGACCGAUCUGAGCGGCAUCUACGGCGAGCGCGCCGCGGCACGUGUAAAUUUUCACUUGCACAGCCCGCCCGAGCGGCCGCCCGACGGCCAACUCGAGCCCGAUCAGCCGGCCGAGCUGCACAGCUACGCGGCUGGCUCGCCCGUCGGCAGCAUUGAGCUCUACGAUGCAUACUAUCGGUCGCGCAGCCUGUCGCCGCAGUCGCAGGUCUCCGCCUGCUCCAGCUCCUAUCUGCAGCGCGUCUAUACGGGCGAGGUGCAGAAGAUCAAGCAGAAGUUCGAGAGCAUCGAGCGCGAGCAGUCGAACGAAAGGCGCGAUUUUUUUGGGCUUAGCCAGCUGCGGAAGGCGCGCAGCGAUCCUCAAUUGAAGGCGGGAGGAUCAAAAGACGCCUCGGGCAACGCCGCGGAUGCGUUGCCAGCUGCCGACGCUGUCAGUCACAAGCUGGAGUCCACAUCGCCGGAUCGUGGCCGGCGGCGACAGCGCGGCCUGCUGAUGCCGCACAUCGACAUCAUCAGCAAAAUGGCCGAGCUGCUGCCGGCCAAGGUCAGUCCGACGCGCAGUCACAGCAGCAACAGCUGCUCCGCGGGCCACGUUCAGACGCUGCGCCAUCGUUACGAGUCGCCCGAGCCCGGCCAGAGUCUGCCGCAGCGUUAUCUAUCCACGUCGCUGGCCGAUCUGCGCGACGUGCACGACAUCUCGCCGCACCUGAGCGGCGAUUGGGUGGCCCACAAGCAUCCAGAGCGCACGCCGGCGCUGCCCAAGAAGCCCAAACGCAAUCUGGGCCUCAGAGCCAACUCCACCUCGCCCAUACGUCCAGCCAGGGCGACUCAGCAGGCGACGGCAGACAUCUUUGCCAAUCAGCAAUUCGAUGCUCACAAGCAUCGGCCCAAGGCGCGCUACGUGCCCGAUGGAGAGAGCGUAGCUAGCACGGCUACCCGGCGUUGCCCGGUCAGCAGCUUGGAACGUCUCAAGCGCAGCGCCAUGGCGGUCACGUUUAAAGACGUCAAUAUACACUUCAAGACACCACUGAGGCAUGAGUACAAGCCAAACAUAUCGGAUGAGGAACUAGCCAUACGUCAAGCGGAGCAUAUGCAAAAGUUAUAUCAGGAGGAGCGCCGACGCAAAUAUCUACAGGAGCUGCAGGACAUGAAUUCGCGACGACACACCGACAACUUUACACCCUCACAAAAGUCGCCGAUUGCCCUCAAUCGAUACGAUGACUUCCCCACAGACGUAACGCUUAAGUCGCUGGUGGGGCCCAAAACAGUGGCUCGCGCUCUCUACAAUUUCCAGGGACAGAGCUCCAAGGAGCUCUCGUUCCGCAAGGGCGACACCGUCUACAUAAGGCGACAAAUCGAUCCCAAUUGGUAUGAGGGCGAGUACAAUGCCAUGAUUGGAUUGCUGCCUGCUAGCUAUGUUGAGAUCAUCAGUCGCGAUGGCGCUCGCACACCCUCGAAGCGUCCCUCCGAGGGUCAGGCUCGUGCCAAAUACAACUUCCAGGCCCAGUCCGGCGUUGAGCUCUCUCUGAACAAGGGCGAGCUGGUCACAUUGACACGUCGCGUCGACGGCAAUUGGUUUGAGGGCAAAAUAGCCAAUCGCAAGGGCAUUUUCCCGGUCUCCUAUGUGGAGGUCUUAACCGAUAUUGGUGCGGAAGAUAUUGCGGCUAGAACGACAACAGUUAUCAGCACUCAGAGCACCACAAAUUUGCGUCCAAAUCUGGACGUCUUGCGCACAAAUAUCAAUAACGAGUUCAAUACGCUAACCCAGAAUGGUGCACAUCCGCCCAAUGGCAUACUGAAGGAGUCGCGCACGCUGCACAAGACCGAUGCACUCCAUGUGGACACCAGCUCCGAGCCACUGACCUAUCGCGCCUUGUACAAAUACCGACCACAGAACUCUGAUGAACUGGAGAUCUUAGAGGGAGAUCUGGUGCAUGUUCUAGAGAAGUGCGACGAUGGCUGGUUUGUGGGCACCUCGCAGAGAACGGGCUGCUUUGGCACAUUCCCCGGCAACUAUGUGGAACGUGCCUGAGCACACAAACAAACAAAGUUAUAUAAAAAAGUGAAUCUAAAUGAAGAAGCGUUAGGAACCGUUACGAUAUUUGUCUUUUGUCUUUGGCAGCCAAAAAAAAAAAAAAAAACAGAAAACAAAAAAAUCCAAAGAGUCUAAGAAAAAGUUAAAGAUGAAAAUUCAACUCUAAACUUAAUUUGUAGGCCAAGGCAAAAGCAAUUAUUAAUUAUUUAUAUAAAUUAUAAAAACAUUAUAAUUUCAAUUGUUGUUAAAGAAAAACAUAAACAAAUAUCAGCUGCUUAACUUUGCCGAUGUUUUUUCUCUUUUAAUUUAAAUAAUGUACAACUAUUUAUUUAUUUUUAAACAAAUGUUGAAAUUAUGUUUAUUUAUACAAAAAGAAAACUGAAAAAAAAAACAAGAAUUAUUAACCAGAAGUUUGAACCACACAACCCACACACACACCAAAUAUCGCCAGCUAAACUUAAAAAAAAAA